UCAAUCAUGUCAGGCCGAGGAAAGCAGGGCGGUAAGGUGCGGGCUAAGGCAAAGUCUCGCUCCUCUCGGGCUGGGCUGCAGUUCCCAGUGGGCCGUGUGCACCGCCUGCUCCGCAAAGGCAAUUACGCUGAGCGGGUAGGAGCUGGAGCCCCAGUCUAUAUGGCCGCGGUGCUGGAGUAUCUGACCGCUGAAAUUCUGGAGCUAGCUGGCAACGCGGCGCGGGAUAAUAAGAAAACCAGGAUCAUCCCCCGUCACCUGCAGCUCGCCAUCCGUAACGACGAGGAGCUCAACAAGCUGUUGGGGAAAGUCACCAUCGCUCAAGGUGGUGUCCUACCCAACAUCCAGGCCGUGCUGUUGCCUAAGAAAACUGAGAGCCACAAGGCCAAGAGCAAGUAAAACCCGAACAAGAAUCUUUCCUAAAAAA